CGACAACAAGCGACGAGUCUCGUGGCUUGCUUCCCUCCUGCUGAUCAAAUGAGCUCGGGCAAGCUCAAGAUCAAGAAGAGCGAGCGUGCAGAAGCAAGGGAUAUCGCAGGCUGGGCAGGUUCUCAGCCAGACUUCUCAAGACUGGCAGGUAAACCGGUCGACGAAAUCGAGAUGGAACUCGAUGACGCACACCCUCGUGUCAAUGGCCACAGCAGCCCUCAAGAUGACACACGGGAAGAAGAGCUUGAUGCAGACGAGCUCCUGUCGCUCGCGCAGAGAACGCUGCCGUCCAGCCGCACAGCGCCACGACUUGCAUUCAUCCAUGAACAGCUCCUGCCUCGUCUCAAGCGUCAAGGCUAUUCAGAUCUGCAGGAGCGACAGGCCCUUGCGCCCUUGGUCAAGCUCAUCCUUCAGACUUACUCGCGCUACGCCGACCGAGCUUCACGUCACGCCGUUCUCGAUGUCUUGCAUGUACUCGUUGCGACUGACGCCUCUGUUAGCGACGCUUCUCCCGCAAACUUGACUUCCCAUAUCAUCGGAUGGCUGUCGAAAGAAGUAAAGACACUGGCAAGCUCACCCAGCUCGUCUGCUCCGACCUCACUGUACACCUUGGCCGCUUGGGGUUUUACUAUACUGUCAUCGCUCGAGACGAGCCAAGCAAACUCUGUAGAGCUCAGGAGUUCCGCAUAUCCUGACUUGUUGCCUACCGUUGCACUUGCAUACCACGCCUCGCAAGAAGGCGAAGGACACCAACGUCAACGGACGAGAGUAUCCACUCAUCAUCUUGCCGUGAGAUCAUUGCGGAGCUUACGAGUGCAAUUGCCCGCCUUGCUCGGAGCUUUGCUCGCCAACAAGCAAGUGUACACCCUUGCGCUUCUCGGCUUACUGUGUACAGUUGGUGCAGAUGAUCCCGCCUUUGCAACGACACUGCAAACUAGAAAGCAAGAGAUCAUCACUUUGUAUACUCAGCUCGUGCUCAGUAGUAGGACACUGCCGCCACAACAGACCCGGAUAGCUCUGUGCAACACUCUGAACAGCAUCGUCACCGAUAUCGAAAUGACGGAGCACGUCAUGCCCGUGGCUGACAGAAUGCUCUUGCGCUCCCCGGAAGUCGCCCUGCCUGUGCUCGAGGCUCUCUUUGCAUCUGCAGAAUGCCCAUUAGAUUUUAUGCUAUCGGAAAAGUUCCUUACUGCCGUUCUUAAUCAGCUCCGCUCAAUCAAGGAGCCUUUGCGCAACGAUGGCGUGAAGCUUGUCCUCACGAUUCUGCCACGCCUUUCUCAGGCUAAACGUCAAGCAGACUUACUGGCACUCCUCCUCGCGCCCCUGCGAGAUGGCAAGACAGCGUCGGCAGAACAUCGCGUUGCGCUUUAUGCCAUCCUACGUGAUUUCACCCAGACAAAGCAGUCGAGUACAACGAUACUUCAAAUCAUCGCCUUGGUACUGCUGAAAGAAAGUCACGAAGAGGCGCUCAAAAUGGCAAUGUCAUGUUGCUCGGUGCACCUCGGUGCCUUGUUGAGAUCGGACUCGAUCGAUGCGGCUCUGACGAACGAUCUCGUCAAGCUCCAGAUAGACAUCAAAUCUUCGCUGCGCAGAUAUGUCCUGGCAGGUCUUGCCGGCGCUCUUUGGCAGCUCGAUAUAGAUGAACCCAAUGCUGCCUCCUUGACUCUCGCCCGAGCAUUACUGCCCUCACUCGAAGUCUCACUUGACGGUCUGAUCGGUCAGCCCGCUAGCGCUGGCACGAACGGACCAUUGGAAGGCUAUGUUGCUGCUGCGUUGUCGCUAGGCCUCAUCGCACGAUGGCUGCCUGAUCGAUCGCGCAUGGACAAUCUGGCUAGAUCGCUCCUCAAUGCCGGGCCUCGACCAUCUUUCUUAUUGUCCGAAAGAGUUUAUACGAAGCUGCAAGACCCCACAGAAGCGAUCUGGCUUGCGCGGGCUCUUCUUGCUGUUCUGUUGCAGAGCAUUCCUGGUCAAGAGCCAUCCCAAGAAAAGGCCAUCAGUCAGCUCGCAACAUACCUAGCACUCGAUUCUCGUUGCUUAGAAGCAAGACGCGCAAUACUGGAAGCCACUGUGACCGUCGAUGCUCUGCAAGCGCCACUCUUACGUGGCAUCGAGAAAAGGCUGCAAGAGACCGAUCCGGACAUUGGAACAACAGCGCAUCAGUCUUCGCGCAUCAGAUCUGCCAUCACAGCGCUCGCCGGCCCUCGCAAAGCAGCGCAUCUCGCGCAAAAUCGAAGACUGGUAGAUCUCUUCCUACCGAGCCAUCAUGCUCUGUGCCGCACCGACCGCUCAAUCCUCUGGAUCGAUCUGACCCUUUCGAUAGGUCAAAAGCCAGAUCAAGUGAUCAGCGAGCACUUUGACGAGCUCAUCGCGCAUUGCCUGCUCGGUCUCGCGUCGUCAGCCUCGAGCACACGGGAUGCAGCUAAAUCGUCGUUAGCUACUUUAUGCCUCGUUUGUCCAGGUCUUGCGAUUCCAAGACUACUUCAAGCGGCUCGGGAAGAUCUCAAGCCAGAAUCUUUCAGCUGGAUCGGGCCUGAUGAGCUUGCUAUCUACGAGACGCCAAGCGAUGUUACCUUCAGCGAUCCUCUCGAGAAACAGAGAGCUCAGCCGAUCUAUGCCAAGGGCAAGGAUCGCGAGCUUGAGCAAUGGGACGCAGAGUUACGCGCCAGUAUAGCCAAGAAGCGAGCCACGCCCGUCAAUCUGUCGAAAGCCGACCAGCAGCUUGUGCAGAAGCGUCUUGCAGAAGAGGCCGACGUUCGAGCGCGUGUCGUUCUGCAUAUGGACGCAGCUCGCCGUGGCUUGGCGGUCAUUGACAGUCUUGUUAGCUCCCACACUCAAGAGAUUGCUCCGCACAUGCCUGAGCUUGUCUCGGCAACGCUUGCAUUUGCGAAUCAAGCCAUUGCAGCCCUCCUUGCCAUGCAAGGCUUGGCGACGUUCCUUGCCUUGGCAGACAGAUGCGAUGACUGCACGACAAAUACCCGCACUGCGCUUGCAAUGGCGGUUUUGCGAGUAGCCCGCGCCAAGUUCGUUCCGGAGCACUAUACUCACGAGCCUUUGAACCUGCUCGUCACGCGCACGAUGUAUAAGCUACGCUUCCAAGCCGAACAGAAGCCUCUCUCGCUCGGUACGUUUGCAUUUGCGCAUACACUUGUCAGAUCGAUCAUUGCUUGCGGCGGUGUCGCCGUCGAUAGCGAGCCAAAGGAUGAAGGUUAUGAGCAGAUUGCUUUGGCAAUUGACUUGCUCGGCUUUCAGGCACGAGAAUGUGCCAGUCCGCUGUUCCCACGCUCAGCUGUUCUGAAAGACCUGCUCCUUGCGCUCGUCAGCUACCCCAGCUUGGUUCAGACAGCAUCGAAGGCGCUUAUCGACGCAAGCCAUGCGCUCGAGAACAACGCGAGCGAGGCAGAGAUGCGGUUGCUUCUCCGCGGUUUGCUGGUUGAAGAGGACCAGCUCCGACUGAUUUGUCUCCAAGCGGUACAGCCGCUCGACCUGACAAUCUUCGACUACUCGAACGAGCUGUGGCUAGCUUGUCAAGACGAAGUCGAGCGCACGAGGAAGCUGGCCACGGAAUUGUGGGAGGAGAACGGCCUCGAUGUAUCGGAAACCGCCUGGGCCGACCUCAAGCCGUUCUUAAAGCAUGAGGUUAAGUUCGUGCGCGAAGCAGCUGCCCGUGCCGUUGCUGCCGCCCUUGCUCUGAUACCGCAAGACGUUCUGGGCAUAAUCCAAGAUCUCACAUCAGACUACAUGUUUGAAAAGCGCGACAGACUCCCGGAAUACGACCGUUUCGGCAUGCUGAUCCCCGAGUCGCUCAAUCAAGAGGAUCCAUGGCAAGUACGAGUCGCCUUUGCUUUGACAGUCAAGCAUCUUGCGCCACAAUGCCAGCUGAAGGAGAUUCAAGCUGUCUUCUUGCUCUUCAUAUCUGUACAAGCCUUGGGCGACAAGGACGAUCGCGUACGUUCGACUAUGCUCGAAGCGGCCAUCGCAUACAUCGACUGCCAUCAUGGACAGCAUCUGCAAGAGCUGAUAGGCAUACUCGAAGCGUACCUUGCUGCUCAGCAUCCUGCAACUCGUACGGACGACGACAUCACCGAAGCAAUUGUCAUUCUUUAUGGACGAGCUGCACGUCAUCUUGAUUCGACGGACCCCAGAGUCAAGCAAGUCAUGACGCGACUCAUCGAAGCGCUCAAAACACCCAGUGAGAUGGUCCAGAUCGCGGUUUCGGACUGCCUGCCGCCGCUCGUCAAAGCGCUGCGCGAUGAUGCGCCCGGUCUGAUCGACCAGCUGCUGCGUGAUGUCACUUAUGCCGCCAGAUACGCCGAGCGUCGCGGGGCUGCAUACGGCCUCGCUAGCGCCGUCAAAGGUCGCGGUAUCUCUUCACUGAAGGACUUUUCCAUCAUGUCUCGUUUACGCGAUGCGAUGGAUGACAAGCGCAACGCAAACUCGCGUCAGGGCGUACUGUUUGCUUACGAGUGUUUCUCGGCCAUUCUUGGGCGGAUUUUCGAGCCAUACGUCAUUCAGCUCUUGCCCCAAUUGCUGUCAGCCUUCGGUGACGCAUCGGUUGAAGUACGACAAGCCGCGCAGGACGCAGCACGCGUGAUCAUGGGCAAGCUCUCGGGUCAUGCAGUCAAAUUGAUCCUCCCAACGCUGCUCGAAGGUCUCAACGACAAGCAAUGGCGGUCAAAGAAAGGUGCAAUUGAAUUGAUCGGCUCGAUGGCCUUCCUCGCCCCCAAGCAACUGUCAGCUUCUUUGCCAACAAUUAUCCCUCGUCUCACAGAAGUCCUGACCGAUUCGCACACACAAGUCAGAUCCGCAGCUAACACGAGCUUGAAGCGUUUCGGAGACGUUGUCACCAAUCCAGAGGUGCAAGCAAUGCAACAGAUACUACUGGCAGCUCUCGUCAAGCCUACCGAGAAGACACCAGAAGCGCUGGAUACUCUGCUUGCGACAAAGUUUGCGCAUUAUCUUGACCAUUCUGCGCUCGCUUUGAUUGUCCCUAUCCUCGAGCGUGGCUUGCGAGAGCGUAGCGCCGAGACAAAGCGCAAAGCAUCGCAGAUCGUCGGCAAUAUGGCGACUUUGACUGACAGUAAGGAUCUCGCACCGUAUCUCACAUCCCUCAUUCCCAGAGUACGGGAGGUCCUCAUCGAUCCCGUGCCCGAAGCUCGAGGAACAGCCGCAAAGGCGCUUGGGAGUCUCGUCGAGCGUCUGGGAGAGGAUGCUUUUCCCGACCUGUUGCCAUCCUUGCUUGAGACAUUGCGCUCAGAUCGUGGGGGCGUUGAUCAGCAAGGUGCUGCGCAAGGUCUGUCAGAGAUCCUGUCAGGCUUGGGCACAGAGCGACUUGACUCGAUCCUGCCCGAGAUCAUCGCCAACACAAGCAGCUCGAGAUCAUACGUCCGUGAAGGCUUCAUGUCGCUGCUUGUCUUCUUGCCAACCACUUUCGGCGAUCGCUUUACACCGUUCCUCAAUCGAAUCGUACAGCCAGUACUUGCUGGUCUGGCUGAUGAUUCAGAACUUGUACGAGAUGCGUCGAUGCGCGCCGGUCGCAUGAUUGUCGCCAACCAUAGUACUACAGCAAUCGAUCUGCUCUUACCCAGUCUCGAGAGCAGUCUCUUCGACUCCAGUUGGCGCAUCCGACAAAGCUCCGUGCAGCUCGUCGGCGAAUUACUUUUCAAUAUCUCUGGUAUUAGCGGCAAGAAUGAGAUAGAGGAGGAAGGCGAAGAGGAUCAGCACGUCGGCAGAGAAUCGUCACGCAAAGCUCUUGUGGACGUGCUCGGACGCGAACGGCGCGAUCGCGUGCUCAGUGCAAUCUAUCUUGCCCGUCAAGAUGCAUCGGGCGUCGUGCGUCAGUUCGCGACCCAUGUCUGGAAGGCCUUGGUCCAUAAUACGCCUCGGACUGUCCGCGAGAUCUUGCCAACGCUUGUCAAUUCGAUUAUCAAGAUGAUGGCAAGCAACGGCACGGAACAGAGGGAGACUGCUGCGCGCACAGUAGCCGAGCUUUGCCGCAAGCUGGGCGAGGGCUACUUGGGUAUUAUCGUCGAGAUCUUGCAGCAGCGAUCGCAAGGCGAUCAGGCGAGCCGACGCGGCGCGUGCUUGACAUUUGCAGAGGUAUUGACUAGCGCAACCAAGGCGCAGCUUGAGCCGCAUGAAGACGAGAUCAUCAAGUCCAUCCGUCUUUCGCUUGUCGACGCUGACGCUGUCGUCCGAGCUGCCGCUGCUCAAUGCUUCGACACAUUGCAGAAGCAUGUCGGUGCUAAAGCCGCUAGUCAGACGAUCCCGACUUUGCUUGGCGCAAUCGCGUCAGACAGCGAGACAGCAGAAGCCGCGCUUGCAGCGCUCAUCGAAAUUGUGCAAGUUCGCUCGAGCGCUGUGCUGCCCAGUAUCGUGCCGACCCUCAUUAAGAGGCCUGUAUCUGCAGCCAAUGCGCGCGCAUUGGCAGAGAUCGCUGCGGUUUCCGGCCCAUCGCUAAAUCGGCGACUGCCAGAUAUUAUCGACGCGCUCGCAAGCACGAAGCAAGACCUGAGCGCAGAGGAAGCGGCGUAUGAGGUCAUUACGGACGCCAUUGAGUCGGUUCUGCGUUCUGUCACAGAUCUCGAGGGCCUCAAUAUUCUGUCGGCACAUCUCAUCGGACUCGCUAAAGCUGCGUCUCCCACCAGUCGGGCAUCUGCAUGUGGUAUCUUCGCCGUGUUCUGUCAGGUAGCCUCUGUGGACUACUCAGACUAUGCUGUCGACUGGAUCAGACAGUUUAUAUCAUCAUUCGACGAUCGUGAGCCACUCGUAGUGGAUGCCGCCUGGAAUGCGAUGGAUGCUCUCACCCGCUCGACGCCAAAAGAAGACCAAGAGGCCUAUGUGAUCCCGCUUCGUCGUACGAUCGAAGUGACCGGUGCAAGUGGCCGCGAUUUGCCAGGGUUCUGUCGGCCUAAUGGCCUCAAAGCGGUGCUGCCGAUCUUACUGCAAGGCUUGUUGAAUGGUACGGCAGAGCAGCGCGAGCAGGCAGCCUACUGCCUCGGUGAUGUCACCGAGCGGACCUCUGCCGAAUUCAUCAAGCCCUAUGUAACUCAAAUCACUGGCCCUCUCAUCCGCAUUGUCGCGGAGCGAUUCCCGCCGCCGGUCAAGUCGGCCAUUCUCAAUACCUUGACGGUAUUACUGGCGCGCGUGCCGCAGCUCGUCAGGCCGUUCUUGCCCCAACUUCAGCGCACUUUCAUCAAAUCGGUCUCAGACUCAGUCAGCUCCAACAUUCGAUCUCGAGCGGCUCAGGCACUCGGUGUGCUCAUGGCAGUCCAGCCACGGGUCGAUCCUGUGGUGACAGAGCUGCUUGCGCUUGCAAGCGGUCAGAGCGAGGAUAUCAAGCUCUCCGCUGUAUCUGCGCUCGCGAGCGUCACGAUCAGCGGCGGCAAUAACGUCACUCAGCCAGUCCUCGCCAGAAUGAUCGAGCUCGUCGGCGAGGCGUUCGUCGAAGAGACCAAAGAUGCUUACAACCUCGUUCUCGGCCAGCUCCUGGGCGGUCUCAUACUCCAUCACCCGAAAGAAGUUUUGCCAUUCCUGGAUGAACACAUCCUGCAGGAUCCGCCGACGAUUUUGGGCAGCAUGUGCCUCGCCGCCGUCAUCGAAGUCGCGCCAGCCCAGCUGCAUAGUUUCAACACAUCUAUGCUCAUCGUGAACCGGGUCAUUCGACUGGCUCAAGUUGAUCAGCCUGCCAUCUCUCGGCCUGCUCGGGAGACAAGAGAUCACAUGCGUCACCUUGAGCCGUGGAAGAGCGAUGAGGGUGUUCAGGACAAGAUCAAAUAGAUGACAUGCAUCUCCUUGUGGG